CGCCUGCCCGGCCCCGAUCCCGACCUCGACUCGUCCGCCUGGCCCGCCCGGCGCGCCGCGGCCCCGCCCUGGCCCCGGCGCCUCCCGAGGGAGCGGCGCCGCCGGCCGAGCGCAGGCCCGGCCAUGACCGACUUCAAACUGGGCAUCGUGCGGCUCGGCCGGGUGGCCGGGAAGGAGCCGGCCGGCCGUGCAGCUGCACCAGCCACGGACCGUACCCUGGAUGGGAACCCUGUUCCCAUCACCAGCGGCAGAAGCUUCUGGUAGGAGAGGAGCAGAGGCGGUCAGACGAAGACCAAGUACACACUGAUCGACGAGCAGGACAUCCCGCUGGUGGAGGGCUACUCCUUUGAGGCCCGGAUGGAGGUAGACGCAGAUGGAAAUGGUGCUAAGAUAUUCGCAUAUGCCUUUGACAAAAACCGAGGAAGGGGGUCGGGAAGGCUUCUCCACGAGCUGCUGUGGGAGCGGCACAGGGGGGGCAUUGCCCCCGGGUUUCAGGUGGUGCAUCUCAACUCGGUCACUGUGGACAAUCGUCUGGAUAACCUGCAGUUGGUGCCGUGGGGCUGGCGGCCCAAGGCCGAAGAGAUCUCCAGCAAACAGAGGGAGCAGAGCUUGUACUGGCUGGCGAUCCAGCAGCUUCCCACGGACCCCAUAGAGGAGCAGUUCCCCGUGCUGAACGUGACCCGCUACUACAACGCCAACGGGGAUGUGGUGGAGGAGGAGGAGACCUCUUGCACCUACUACGAGUGCCACUACCCGCCCUGCACCAUGAUGGAGAAGCAGCUCCGCGAGUUCAACAUCUGUGGGCGCUGCCAGGUGGCGCGCUACUGCGGCUCCCAGUGCCAGCAGAAGGACUGGCCGGCCCACAAGAAGCACUGUCGGGAGAAGAAGCGCCCCUUCCAGCAUGAGCUCGAGCCAGAGCGAUGACCAGGCAGUGGAGCGUGCAGCCCUGCACUCGCGGCUUCCCAUCUCCCUGGGGCGCUGCCAACACCGGCAGGCGGCUGGACCCGGAGCUGCCGCAGGAGUCACUCCCGCACCUGCACCGGACCUGGACCCGGACCCAGACCCGGACCAGCACCACCGCCCAGGGCCCCAUGCCCUGCGGCCCGGCUCCUGGAGCUCAGAGACAGCUGGGAGGCUCCCGCGGACGCUUCUCCUUAUUUAUAUGUUAAUACGUUUGUAAACUCAUGUACAGUUUUUUUGGGGGGAGGCGGUGGGGGGCGGAGGUUACAAUUGGGUCGGUUGCUGUAACACCUGAGCUCCUGGGCUGCUGAGUCAGGCAGGGCGGCGGCCUGGGACUGUGGCACAAGGCGAAGUAAAGGGUGGUACCGCCCGG